AUGAUUGCUGCAUGGGAAGAUAGCGAUGAAAGUAACUCAGAAAAUGAUGGCAGCAACAAUGAAGUUGUUAACCUAUGCCUAAUAGCAUUUGGAGAUGCUGAAGAGGUGAUGGUUGGAAGGUAUAAUUUGAGAAGUGCUAAGCUCAAUGGCACAGGAAAAGAAACAACUGCUAACACGGCGGCAGUAGAAGCGGCUACUACCGGGGUAACCAAUACGGUGGAGGUUAAUGUGGGGGAGAUGAUGGCUCAAUUACUUCAGGUUGUGCAAAACAAUAAUCAAGGCCAUCAGGGAGAUCCAUUUGCGAUGAGAAACAAAGACUUUGGUUCUUUGGGAGGUCAGAAAUUCUCUGGAAAUAGAAAACCCACUGCAGUUAACGCUUGGGUUCAGAAAUGUGAGAUGGUGUUUGGUCGUAUGCAACUCACCGAGGUCCAAAAACAGGAGUUGGCUACAUAUCAGCUUCAGGGAGCAGCCCUAUUUUGGUGGAACUCGUGGAAGGAGGGUCUAGAUUUGACAACUUUGACUUGGGCAGAUUUUAAGACCCGUUUUGAUCUGAAGUUUAUUCCUGCGGCUAUUUGGUCUCAACUGAGUGAUGAAUUUUUGAAGCUCACUCAAGAGGGUAGAACAAUGAUCGAGUAUGUCACUAAGUUUAAUGAGUUGUCUCGUUAUGCCCCAUACUUGGUUGACACGCAAGAGAAGAAGAAUGAGAAGUUUAUUAAGGGAUUGAAUCAUUACCUGUCUAAGUCUCGUAUUCCCUUUGAUGUUGAACCGUUUGAUAGAGUUCUUGACUUGGCACUGAAGUAUGAGGAAAAUGAGAAGCAGUUUAAAAAAUGGAAGGCUAGGGUCGGAGAGACUUCCAGAGGGAGUCACUAUAGGGGUCAGCAGUUUCAGAGGCCACAACAAUAG